UUCAUACUCGUUUCAAUCAUUUUCAGUUUUUGUUUCUCAAAAUUGGUGUAACCGUCGUUUGAAUUCGGUGGUGCUAACAUGAAAUUUUCACACAAUAUCACCAAUGAAAAUUUCAUCUUCAAUGAAGCCAACCAAAAUCUUGUUACUAGUGAUGCAUCUUAUACACCGUUUUACAAUAAAAAUUUAGAUCAGUCUUCUCUUAAGGAAUGGUUUCUUCCACCAGAUCUAACUGAUAUUUCUAGUCAUCACCAACUAAAUCCUAUACCAUCGAUCCCAAAACAAAGUCAAGAUUUCCUCAAUCAAAAUUUGGAUAAUACCCAAAAUCAUCUGGUUUACAACUCUCCCUCAUAUGAAGUUCCAUCAAAUUAUCCAUUCGGACAUACACUAUGGGAUGAAACUGUACACAAUGCUGAGCUUACUAAGAGGGUUUGUGUGCCAGCUCUUGAUCAAAUGAUGGGUGGACCUCGGUCAUUUGAUGUUCCAGUGCCAGAGAGUAUCAAAAACACAACCAGAGAAAUCAUGAAUCAACAUGAAGGUCAGAAGAUGGUAAAAACUUAUCAAAAAGAGAAAAAAAAAAUGGUGCGGACAAGCAAACAUUCGAAGAAAGGUAACAUCAUCAAAGCGAAAGCGAAAUGGACAGAAUCUGAGGACACAGAAUUGAAAAAAUUAGUGAAGGAAGUUGAGCCAAACAAAUGGACAAAAAUCGCAAAAAAGCUCAAAGGACGAACAGGAAAACAAUGCAGAGAGAGGUGGCAGAACCAUCUUCAUCCUGAUAUUAAGGAUGUUGCUUGGAGUAAAGAAGAAGAUCAUAUACUGAUUGAACUACACAAGGUAGUUGGUACGAAAUGGGUAAAUAUCGCACAAAAACUCCCGGGAAGAAGUCCUAACUGUAUUAAGAACCACUGGAACACUACAAAGCGUCGAGUGCAAAAACAAAGUGGUGAAAAUCUCAACCUUGCUGGUAAUUACAUCCUCGAAAACUACGUAAGGUAUGUCAUAAUCAACGAUAAUCUUUCCAAGAGCACUGAAACCGAUGGUGAAACGACAAAUACCGAGGAUGAUGAUGAGUAUAAAGAUAUGUUCUUUGAGGAGCCGGAUUCGAACAUGGACGGUGGCACACAUAUAGUUGACGUUCGCACACAAACAAUUGACGCUGGCACGCAGACCAUUGAUGCUGGCAUGCAAACAAUUGACGCUGGCACGCUAAACAACGAACCAUUAGUCAAUGCGCCUACAACGUCAUAUUAUGUUCCAACGCCAGAAGUGUUUACAUGGGAAAAUUAUGCUACAGAGCUUUGUGAACCAGUGAAUGAGAGUCUAAAGGAUCUGAUGCAAUGGUGGGAGUAAUAUCCGAUGAAAGUAAUUUCUUUCCUCAAGAUAUUUUCUAAGUAUCAGAUGAGGUAAUAGAUCUAUGUAUCUCUCUAUCUAUCUAUCAUUUUUCUUUUUUUAAGCAACU